UAUCUGACGGCAGCGGCCAACGAGAGUCUGUGCGUGGAUGGCACUAAAUUGUGCACGUGUGUCUUUGCACAUGUUGACACUCGGGAAGUGAGGAGAGAGAGUGAAUUGUGGGAUAAGAGUAGAAGGGAUCCUCGGGAAGGGUUUGCGUUGCUUUUACAGGCUCCCUGAAGGUGAGUCAUGCAGUCCACAGAAUCUCCUUCCUCUCAACCAUCACAGGAUUCACUAAGCUCCAACAACAGUUUCUUGUUCAGUGACGAUGAGACGAAUGUUUACCUGUUGGAGGACAGGGACAGGCCACAUGAAGCCCAUUUGACUCAGUCCACUCUCUUUAACAGAAGUGUUUACAGUAUGAAUGGGGAGCAGGAGCGUCCUGGAUCUCAGUGGGCGUGUGAUGGAUUCAGUGACCGUGAGAGGUCACAGGGCAACAGUCACGCUGGGUCAACGUCUUCGUCCAUCUCAUCAUUUCUCUCCCUCUCCUCGUCUUCAUCUGGAUUAGGAUGCAGCAUCUCUGAGAGUGAGCGAGGAAAGAAUGGAAGAACUGAAGGAGACCUGCUGUUUGCUCGUAAGUGUUUAGAGCUCCAGGGGUUUGUUCGGCCUCUGCUGGAGCUUCUAAACGGACUGAAGAAAGGAAGAUUUGACAAAGGUCUGAGCAGUUUUCAGCAGAGUGUUGCAAUGGACAGAAUUCAGAGGAUUGUGGGAGUGCUGCAGAAACCACAUAUUGGAGAGAAGUACUUGCCUACUUUGCUCCAGAUAGAGGUGAUGCUAAAGCUUUGGUUCCCUCAAGUGACUGCUCACGUUUCUGUUACACCUAACCCUGCUGACUUUUCACCUCAAAACAUUUCCACCCAUGGCAAAAGCAAUAUCACUCCCCCACACAAGCACAAAGACCAAUUACAUAUUCCAGUCAAGAAGCGAAGAUUGAGCUGGUCAGACACAGACUCAUCCUCCUCUUCUCCUCCUGUGGUGUGUAAGCGCACCAAAUGUUGUGAAGAGCAACAUCAGUGGCCAUAUGUUGAUGGAGGGGAAGGCUCUUCAGGGACCCCUUCCCUUUCCUCACACACGAACCAAUCAGACAAGAGAGUUAGUGAAACCCUGGAGCACAAGGUCAUCCGGUGGUCAGGUUCAAGACUGACAUGGGUGCACAUUGCUCCCAUCUUCUCCCCACCUAAAUCUGGUCCCUUUCAUAAAGGCGGAAUGGCUAAUGAUAGAGGGAGUGGCAGUGUCCUCCUUCCAGUUUCCCCUCUCACCAGCAGGAGCAGUCCAGUCACGCAGGACAGCUUAAUCUCCUCCACCACACCUUUUUCAGAGCCAGCUGGAUGCCAAUGCCAGUCUGUAAGUUUAGGGACAACAAGUCCAUUGCAGGAGCACACCCAGAAACCCAUCCCACAAAUCACAAUGAAGCCUUCAACCCUAGAACAGCAAAGCCCUUUACAGUCCUGAUGCAGAGAAACCAAGCACAACCAGCCGAAAGUCUUCUCUGUGUCAGAGAAGAAUUGAAGUAUGGAAUGUUAAAAGGGUUGUCUAUUACAGUGAUUGAAAAAGUAUAUCUAAAGAAUCUUGAAGAAGUUUAAACUCAACAUGUAAGACUUUUUAAAAUUGAUUGGGUAAAAAAAUUGGCUGUUUUUGAACUGGAGAGUACCUAAAUUAAAGGUGAAGUGUGUGGGUUUGGUGCCACUGCCAUCACCAAAUGGAAUUGCAAAAACAAUUAUUUCAAACAAGUUUUGAAACAUUCCACUAUCUGGCAUUGGUCAGCCAAACAGAUUGCCCUGCCCAAAAAUCAAGGCAUUGGUUGAGCCAGUGUUUGCAUGACAGUAUUCUAACGUCCAAAAAGUCACCUUUUAGGAAAUUUGAUAUCAUGCAAAUUGCCUUCAAGAGUGUGUGUUUAAAUAUGAGGGAAAGUAUAAUUAUUGACUUUGUUUUAUUCCCAAAAUAAGGACAAAUUAAGACUAGAGAGCAAUAAUUUUAAUGAAAGGAUAACACAAGGUCAAGUCAGCGGUAUGACUUAAUAUACCAUCAGUUAGAUGGCAUAGAAUAAAAGGGUUAGUUUUUUGUUUUCUCAAAUUGCUACUGAGAAUGUUGAGAUUAUAUUGAUUUUAAUUACAAUUUGAAAAAGCUGCCAGUAAGACAACACAGUUGUAGCAUUAAAAGGUACUUUUUGUAUUUCUGAGGAAAAAUGUAGCAGCAUCAAAACUGACUUUUCAAUAUCUGAUAUUUUACAAAUUUAUGAAUGGAUUGUAACAGAAGCUGUUACAGUUUCUUUUACUGCAUUUUAUAAAGCCAAUUAUUUUUCCCCACCCUAGUGAGAGUUUUGUGUGUGUGUGUUGCUGACAGUGGUGGGAUUUUAAAUGUAAAUGAAACCACUUUAUUUAUUUGCUGUAGAAUCUGUGACAGCUGCUCGAACUGGAAAAAGUACCCGCAACUAAUAUACACAUAAGUGAUGAUAUCAAAACCUGAAAUAAUGUAGGAAAUUAUGUAAUACCCAGGUUGAAAGAGAAAAGAGAAAUGACAGAGUCUGAGUCUGCUUGAUUGAAAUAUUGUGUACAGUGCACUGAAGGAGGCUAGAUGGAAAAACUUUCUGCUCUGACCGAUGUGAAUUUAGGUGCUUGAAUGCGGCUGUUAAGUGAUAUGAGAUCCAUUUGAACAAGGGUCAAAAGUCAGAAAGGAUGAAAAAAGUGCUAAUAUGCCAACCUUUAUUUAUUCACUUGUUGAUUUUAAUGUUUAUUUAUGUUUAUUUGUAUAUGUAUUUAUCCACAUGGCAGCUGAGUUUAUUAGAGCUUGGUCUAUCAUGGACUAUUUUAGUUGCUGCGUGGAAAAGUAGAGAAAAAAAUUAAGGAAAUCUGAUAUUAGAAAACCUGUGCCUUUUCUCUAAAAAUAAAUAUUCAUUGUUGUAUUCAAUGGUAGAGAACACAAAAUCUCAAAACUUUCAUAUGCACACAUUUAUUCAUGAGAAAACUACAUUUGGACACAAAGUAACCAUUUACCACUAAAAGCACAGUGAACUACAGUAAUCAAUAACAAAUAUGUCAGUGUUAAUUGGUUGUCAUAGCAACAUUCAAAAAGGCGCUGUAUUUUCUGACCAAUCACUGCAGUCAGUUGAAUCCAGAAACCAGCAAAUUUCUUGGAUCAGUAUUUUUGGAGCUGAUGAAUUAUAAAGUUGAAAAAUGCCCUUAUGCAUCAAUUAAUAGGACAAAAAUUGCAUCAACUUCACAUGCUGCUAAAUUACUGAUAUUAAUUGAUAUUUUAAUUGCUUAGUGUCCAGGUGCACUAUAGCAAUAGAAAUUCUUGCCAUGUUAAAAAUACACCUUUAUUAUAUGUAAUUGACUUUUUAUGUAAUGAUUUUGUAGAAGUUGCACUUGUUUUUAUUUUAUCAUGUUUUAUACUGUACAGGUUAUUUAAGACCAAGACCAAGAGGGUUGAUCAUAAAGGAUGUAUAUUGGUUGUUUAAUCUGUCUUUUUAUAUAACUUAUACCAUGCACUACACUGGAAAUCUUUCUGCUGUCAGUCCUUCUUUCCUGUCACUUUGUCUUUUGCCUGUUUUUCCCUUCUUCAUCUCUUUUUCUCUGCUUUUUACUGUUAUUCAUGCUUUUUUCAACAAACAUAAACCUUUUAAUAAAUAAUGCAUUUUGGAAUGUA